AGCACGCAUUCCCCAUCGGUCUUCCGAUCAAACUCAUCCCCCUCCCUCCAGGCCUCUUCUCCUUCUUCGCAAACCAGUUCCUCCUCCGUCUGAAGCUCAUCCGCCCUGGAUCAAAACUCCAUAAAGCGCUCAACGUAGGCAGACCCGAGGGCUGGGGGAUGCAUAAAGAGCUUGGGGGGGCGUUCUUGACUGUUAGCCCUGUGGGAGUCACACUGGUACUUGCGGACCCGGAAGCUAUAAGCCAAGUCUGUGCGAGUAGGGAGAGGUUCCCAAAACCGCCUAACACAGGCGCGAUCAUAAACCUCUUCGGACCAAACGUAAUCUCAACAGAUCACGCAACCUGGCGCCUCCAUCGGAAAGUCACAGGCCCCGUCUUUAGCGAAAAGAUCCACGCCAGUGUCUGGUCCGAAGGCCGGCGUCAAGCGCAGUUUAUGCUAGAUUCCUGGCUCCCUCCUUCCUACUCCGGUUCCCGUUCCACUGCUCCCGCACGGGGGGAAUCGGUCGUCGUUCAGACCUUGUUUGACGACACCCUCAAGCUAGGGCUGCACGUCAUAACCGGGUCCGCGUACGCCUGUCCCCUCAGCUGGUCCGGCGCCUGCUCAAACCCGCCAACAACAUCCAAGCAACCGCAGUCAUAUUCCCAAAGUGUGGAGCAGCUUAACAACUACCUUAUGCCGCUAUUUCUUACCCCGCGCUGGCUGUUACGCGCUGCUAGAGGGGGCGAGUGGGGCAGGGCUUGGAGUGCUUAUUUGGCGCUGGGAGGGUAUUUGGAAGGGAUGCUAAAGCGGGAAAAAGACCGCAGGCAGUGGGGUGACGACCCGACCCCUGCCUCUCCCUCCCCCCAGCAGGAGCAGGAGCAGGAUGAUGAAGGACCGAAGGAGAAUUUGUUGAGUGUGCUUUUGGACUCGGAAGAAGGAGGGGAUGAGAAGGAACGGAGGAUGACGCAUGAUGAGGUUUUGGGAAACGCUUUUAUAUUCAUGUUUGCUGGGCACGAGACAACAGCGAAUACGACACACUACGCCCUCCUCCUCCUAGCACUGCAUCAAGCUGUCCAAUCCCGCCUCCACUCCGAACUAGACGCUCUCCUCUCCCUCGCCUCGUCCCAAAACCGCGACUUAGAUUAUACGCUCGAUUUCCCCCAUGCGACCUACACGCUCGCCGUCAUGCAGGAAACGCUCCGCCUGUACACUCCUACGAGUAUCAUCAACAAGUCUGCCCAAGGGGACCAGAGGCUCGCGUUCGAAGGGAAAGAGUAUGUAGUUCCGGGAGGGACGAGGGUUGCAGUUAAUAUUACGGGUGUGCAUUCGAGCCCUAAGGUGUGGGGGGAGGACGUGGGCGAGUUCAGGCCGGAGAGGUGGUUAGUCCCCGUCCCCGCCUCUGCCUCUGCCUCUGCUUCGGCGUCAAAGGAACCCUCUCGAGCCAACACACCCGCCCCACCGGGCACACCGCUCCACUCCCAGCAGCCAGAACCCGAGCUAAAGAAGCACACCCUCCUAAAACCCGCUCGAGGCUCCUACCUCCCCUUCUCCGAAGGCACCCGCCAAUGUUCCGGCCGCAAGUUCGCCAGCGUCGAAUUCGUGAGCGUGCUGUACACACUGCUUUCGAACUAUAGAGUGGAGAUAUUGGGGGAAAGGGAAGGUUGGGGGGAGCAGAGGGUUAGGCGGGUUUUGGGGGGGAGGAGGGCGGGGGCUUUGACGCUGCAGGUGCCGGAGAGGGUGCCGGUUAGGUUUGUUAGGAGGAAGUAGGCAGCGGGCAGCGGAUGGAUGGAUGGACAUGUAGAAUUACUUGAUACUGCGACUUGCACUUGGACUCUCACACACACACUCUCACCACUCUUGCAUCCUCGACUCUUGCACUCUUGUGGGCAAUGUACACAUGCGGAAUUUAC